AUGCUGGCAGCUGAGCUAGCAUCCGUGUUUUUGAAAUCUCAGGUGCUCUUCGCGAUCGUGGAGCUGGGGGUGCCCCAGGCCCUCAAGGGUGGCCCCAUGACCGCUUCACAGCUCGCGGCAGAGGUCGGCGCGGCGAGGGCCGAGUGGCUCAACCGGCUGCUCAAGGCGGCGGCGGAGCUGGGCGUCGUCUCGAAAAGGCAGCGACGGCCACGGCAGCAACAGCGCCGUGCUGCCGGUGCCUCGGCUGUACAGGGCGCUGAUGCAGGGGCGGGGCCCGUGGCAGCGGCGGGGCCAUACGAUGUGUUUUCAGAGGCAGAUGAGUUUGAGUACUACGGGAACAGCCUGACAGCCGUGUUGUGCAGUGGGCACAAGAGCAGCAUGGCGGCCAUGGUGCGGCUGUAUCGGUACAACUACGAAUCCGCAGCGUCGCUGGCAGAGAGCAUCCGGGUCGGCGCGCCGUCCCACGAGCUGAGGGCGGGCCGCGGCUUCUGGGAGGGCCUCGCGGGCGACGCCGCCAAGGGGGCGGUGUUUGACGCGGCGAUGGGGUCCUUCAAGGACCUGGGGGGCGCGUCUGUCGUGGCGGGCUACGACUGGGGCCAGUUUGACCAGGUCAUCGACGUGGCUGGCGGCAAUGGGAGCUUUGUGGCGGCGCUGCUUUUGCGGCACCCAAAGCUCGUGGGUGCCGUGGUGGACCAGAGGGAGCAGGUCCGGCGCGGCGCGGAGUGGUGGCGCAGCGCGCACCCAGAGUUGCUGCCGCGGGCGUUGUUCGUGAUGGGGGACAUGUUUGACGCCUCCACGAUCCCGCCGCCACUGCCCACCGCGGUGCGGCCGGCGUACGUGCUGCGAAACAUACUGCACAACUGGGACGACGCGGAGGCGCUGCAGAUCCUCAAGUGA